AGGGUUUUAAAUCAGGCAUGCCGUUAUACAGCCGAACUGAGUCAAAGCACCAGGAAUCCGCUCCCAACCGCAAGCCUCCUUUGUAGAAGAUCUGAAAAAUGCCGAAGCAAAUCCACGAAAUCAAGGAUUUCCUCUUGACGGCAAGGAGGAAGGAUGCUCGUUCUGUGAAGAUCAAGAGGAGUAAGGAUGUUGUUAAGUUCAAGGUUCGAUGCUCUAGGUACCUGUAUACACUCUGUGUAUUUGACACGGAAAAGGCUGACAAGUUGAAGCAGUCUCUUCCUCCAGGUUUGAGCGUGCAAGAUCUGUGAAGAAAUUGCUAGAGUUACCGAGUUUUUGAAGCGUAUUGAGUUGUCGAGAUAUUCUAUUUUAUAACUAUUUUAUGAAAUUUAUAUGUGUUGGAUUAAGUAGACUGGAAUUGUUUUUAUCCCUACAUGUUUAUCUGACUAAUUUACUCAAUUUACGCUUCUUUUUUCA